CCGCGGGGAGCGGAGCGGAGCGGAGCGGCGCCGGGCCCCGCACCGCGCUCCCCCAGCCCCGGCCCCGCUCCCCGCCCGCCAUGGCGGCGGCCGUGGACGAGAGCACCCUGCCCUCCAUCUCCACCUUCGCCAGCCUCCUGCCCCUGGAGGAGCGGCCCGCCGACAUGCUCCACAGGAUGCUGCAGCAGGACGGCCCCGCCGCCGUCAAGCGGGAGGACGACGACCUGGGCAAGUUCGUGGACUUGGAUUUCAUCCUGGCGCACACGACCAGCGGCGGGCAGGGGCCGCCGGGCGCCGGCCCGGGCCCCAACUACCCCUUGCCCGAGACCCCCGAGAGUUGCGGCACUACGUAUGAUAGCGACGGCUCGUACCCCACGCCGGGCAAGUUCCCGGCGCCCUACGCCGAGGGCCAGGGCCACAGCUACGUGGCCGAGUUGCUCACCCCGGACCUGCCGGGCCACUGCGAGCUGCAGCGGAGGGAGUACACGGAGCUGCGGGUGUCCGGCGGCCCCCACCACCCCCACGCCCUGCACCCGGCCCUGGCCCGUCCGCUGCCGCUGGACCCCGCGCAGCCCUUCGGGCCCCGCAUCAAGAAGGAGCAGCCGGAGGAGCGCGCCUGCAUGAUGGGGCUGCCCGGCGGCGACUACCUGGGGCCGGGCGGCGGCGAGCACAAGCCCCGCGUGGUGCCGGGACCGGUGCCGGGGCCGCCCCUGCCCUACCCGGGCUUCACCCACGGCCGCCUGGGCCCCCCCGAGGAGCCGCUGCCCGGCGCCGACCCCCACCUCCUGGCCGACCUGCCGCCCCACUACGCCGUGGCCCCGCACCGCUACGCGCCCCACUUCGCCCCCCAGCCGCCGCCGCAGUUUCAUGGACACUUCAGCGUCUUCAGGGAGCCCCUGAAGGGGCCGGGCCCGGGGCCGGCAGGGCUGCCCGGGCUGCUGGUCACGCCGCCCAACUCGCCGGUGCUGGAGUACUUCCCGGCCGGGCCCCCCCCCGAGGACUGCAAGCCCAAGCGCGGCCGCCGCUCGUGGGCGCGCAAGCGGACGGCCACGCACAACUGUGAAUACCCGGGCUGCGGCAAGACUUACACCAAGAGCUCCCACCUCAAGGCGCACAUGCGGACGCACACGGGUGAGAAGCCCUACCACUGCACCUGGGAAGGCUGCGGCUGGAAGUUCGCCCGCUCCGACGAGCUGACCCGUCACUACCGCAAGCACACAGGGCACCGGCCCUUCCAGUGCCACCUCUGCGAGCGGGCCUUCUCCCGCUCCGACCACCUCGCCCUCCACAUGAAGCGGCACAUGUGAGCGGCGGGCCGUGGCCGGACUCUGCCUCCCCUCAGCCGAGCGAGUCCCUGGAGCAGCUCGUGGUGUAAAUAGCAUUGGACUGGGGACAGCCCUGGCAAGCAGCCCGGCCGCCCAGCCCUCUCCGCUUGUAGUUUGUCACUAGUUUUCUCCUUCUGCCCCUCCUGUGAGAGCUGGGCCCAGCAAAGUGGUGGGGAAGGGCUGCUUUGGGGUGCAGAUGGUGGAGCAGAGCCUCAAGAAGCGUCUCCAGCCCCUGGCCCAGGCACCAUCAUUCUGCUCCUGCCUGGAGAAUCUGCUCCAAACCACGCACUGAGCACCUGGGACAGGGCAAUGGGGCUGGUGCAGCAGGGAACCUGUCCCCAAAGCUUGUACCUUAUAUUUGGCAUCAGUUUAACCUUCUCCCCCUGAUCCCAGCACCUCGUGGCUUCAGGAGCUGUGGCAACUGACUCUGGCCAGGUUUCUGCCAGAUACCCAGGUCUGCUUGGUGUGCGAGGCACAGCUCUUGGAAGCGGGUUGCUGGUCGUUUUGGUUGUGGCCAUCAGAACAAACCUCUCCUGACCCAAAAGCACAGACCGGACGGGGUGAGGGUGGACCUGACUGUGGCUCGUGGGUAUAAGGUUUGCAGGGAUUGGCAGCAAAGUGUCACCUUGCACAGGGAGAGAUGGCACUCCUGUUGCCAGCUUGGGACCCAGCCGGGGAGUAUGAUCCUGGCCGUUCCCGCAGCUCUCCAUUUGGGAGCCUAAAAUGGCUCUCCUGGCUCUUGUCUAAUUGUCUGCUUUAAUUUGUUUUGUUCUUCCCCCUCAGGAUGACACCAGGUACUGCUGCAGCUGCCUUCCCCAUGCUGUUUUUUUUUUAAAAAAAUUUGGUAUGUUAAGGACAGUGAGUCCAGCUAUAAAUGCCCAGGUCUCUGCUAUACUUGAAACUUUCUUAGAGGAAAAAGAGAACUCAAAAGAAUGAGUCUUUUUAUGUGCAGCUUCUGCAAAGCAAGUUGUAAAUUAAACAAAGCAGUAAUAUAUAAUGUUUCUGUUUUUUAAUAUAUUUUUUUUCUUCCAGCUGAGAACACAGAUGAGUCUCGGCUUUGGGAAGUGCACUGUUCCCGUCUGUGUAUAUUGUUAAUUAACAUUUCUCUGCUUGGGCACGUUAGGUCUCUCGCACUCUGAAAUGUUACUUUUCUUUAUAUGCAAACUGUUGAAAUAUUGUGAUCUGCUGUAUAAUAAAUAAACAAGAUGUCAACAUGAAA